CCUUCAUUUCAGUUCACCCGGCCCGGCGUCAUACAGAGUUUUGUUCGGCGUGCAAACAAUUAUCACAUUGUUCUUCUUAAAAUUUCUUAGAUAACCUCCCCGUCAAUUUAGAAGCGAAGAAUACACAAUUCACUAUGGACAUCAUUGAUAAACUGUACCAGCAUUACGAAAUCUUAAAUGAAGCCAAAGAUGAUAUUGCAAAGCAUAGGAAAGAGUAUGAAGAUAUACUUUUAGCUGUCAAAGGAUCUGAUAAAGAGAAAAAGUUAGCUUCUCAGUUUAUUGCCAAAUUUGCCAAGUCUUUCCCUGACCUGGAGAAUGAAACGAUUGAUGCCAUGUUUGACUUGUGUGAAGAUGAUGACGUAUUGGUAAGUGUGGCUUGUUUCUCUUUUGGAUCAUAUGUUGAUUUUGAAGUUGUUUCUCAGAUUCGAAAGCAAGCAAUCAAAGAUCUUGUAAACAUUUGCAAGGAUAAUAAAGGAGCUGUGCGCAAAAUUGCUUAUGCUCUUGCUCAAAUUCUUCAAUCAGAAGACAAUUCUGAAGUCACUGCUGUGCAUAAUUCAAUUGCCUCCUUAUAUCAAAUUGACCCUGCUGCUACAAUUGAAGCAUUAUUCUCCGAACUGGCUGAAGAUAAUGAAGUUAUGCGGGAAAGAACCCUCAAGAUGUUGGCAAUGAAACUUAGAACUCUUGAAACCGGAGUCAUGAAACCAGAAGUUAAAGAAUUGUUGGUUAAGGAAUGCAAAAAAAUUUUACAGGAUGUCACAGCAGAUGAGUUUGUUUUAGUUAUGGCCAUUCUUGGACAAUGCAAAAUAGCUGAUUCAGUAAGUGGUCAACAACAGUUAGUUGAUCUGGUUGCUGAACAGUGUAAUUUCACUCAAGUUUUCAAUCCUGCUGACCAAGAACACCUAGAUCGUAUCAUAAUCUGUAUCAAACAUGCUCUACCUUAUUUUUCGACUCAGGUGAAAUCGACCGCAUUUGUUUCUUACAUUUGUGACCAAGUUUUGCCCCAUCGUAAUGAAAUUGGGCAGAGUGAACAAAAAUUGGACAUAUUUAAGUUGCUGGCAGAAUUGAGCUCUAAUUGCGGCCCCCUAGAUCCAGUCGUUGAGCGAAUCCAAAUCGUGUACGACACCCUCUUGGAAUACAUGCCUCUUCCACCACCAGUAUUGGAAGAAACCAAUGGAGAUGGAUGCACGACAGAAACCGAAAUUCGCUUAGAGUUCACUUUUGUUGAAUCAUUGAUCUUCGCCUUUCACCAGUUGGCUCGUCAACACCGCGAAUUUCUGACCGAUAAUGCCGAUCGCAGCAAGGAUUUCCGAUCACGAUUACAAUAUUUUGCUCGAGGAGUGCAAGGCUACAUAAAGAAGCUACGUGAGUCGUUGCAAGAUAAAGGUGUCGACCAACUGAGAGAUGAAGAGGGUCGGAUUAAGGUUACUGCUUUGAGAACUACUUCCAACAUCAAUUCACUAAUUCGGGAUUUGUUCCGAAACCCGCCUUCUUACAAAGUCAACGUAACGUUAUCAUUCAAACCGACAAAUGCAUCACAAGCAGCUAAACAGACAGCAGCGGUAGCAGUUAAUAACGAGAGCACAAGUGAAGCGGCCGGCGUUGCUAAGCGUCAUGCUCCCAUCACGUUUGAAAGUUCGCCGCCGAAAGUUCGAGUUAAUACAGACAACCGUGUGAGGCAACCAUAUGUUGUUCCUACUGGCAAAUUUAGUGCCAACGUGUCAGCGCAUGGCGCAGAUUCUCGCCCCCGUGGUCGUGGUGGGUACAGGGGUGGGCGGGGAUAUCGGCGGGGAGGGUACUAGUUGCUAGAAUCCCCCUUUUUUCCCUUUUAAAUUCUAGUUGUGUAUUCGCAUUUCCUUCUUUCCCUCUCACCUAAACCUGGAAUCACCCUUUUCACCUUUUCAUUUAAAAAUGGUAACAACGGAAGCGGUCGGUAAACUAAGGAAAAUCUGAUAUUGUGGAGUCGAUGACGGGACGGACUAUGUUUGUUAGAAAAAUAGCUUCCAUCUCGCCAAAAAAAAAAUGCCCUGUGGAAUGUCGACAUACAAAUUGCGAUUUUUGAUUCACUUCUGAUUUUCUUAAUUCUCCGCCAUUUCAGCAGGAGGUCGGCAUGUUAAUGCUCGUUUCUUUGUUCUAUUUAGAAUCUACGAAUUUGGUGAUAGAAUGGUGGGUGCGAUAUACCGGAAGGUUGGACUUGUUUGCAUUUUAUUCAAGGAUUACUUUAUUAUAUCUUUAUUUUCAGUCGGAAGUCGAAUCCAGCCAACAACACGAGUCACUAACUACUGUUUACAAAUUCUGAUGUUUUGCUAGGUACAUAUCCGACGGGCGGCAUCUCAUUGUUGCUAAAGAGAUGAGGUUUAGAUUUCUUACUUCAAUGUCCGUCCCUGAGCCGUACACACAAUUAAGUUCUGCUAUUGUUUGUCAUACCUAAUCUCGUCAUUAAUACAGACAACGAUACAUUUAAA